ACAGCGAAAAGAUAGAGUUCAGCAAAUGAUUUAAAGUUUUUCCGUAAAAGUCACAAACACAAACUCCAAGUGAAAAUGUCAUUUCUAACGCGUGAAUAUAAUUUCUACGAAUCAGAAUUAGCCGCCGCUAAAGAUCAGCGCACAAUGGCUAUGCGCAGCGUCAAGAAGCUAUUUCGGCCGUUGAUGCGCAUUAUCAAGAAGAAGCAGUUAUUGCAGAAGACGCUCACCGAAGUGAAGCAACAGAAUGAUUACAAUUCAUCGCUAGAAGAUAUGCGUAAAGAUCCAGCCGCGCUAAGUGCGCACGAUGACAAUUUGGCGAAUGAAGCAUUGGAGCAACGCCUCUAUGCAGAAUUACAGCAAUGCAGCAGCACACCCGAAUCGGCGGCGAUUAUUGUGCGUGAGGGUGAUAGUCAGAAAAUUGUGCCCGUGAAACAGCAACAAUACAUACCAGUGCAUUUUGCGCGCACCAGCAAUGGCACAUUCUUCUGGACCUCCACCGAUAUGCCACGCCAACAUGAGCACCAAUUGCGUCAGCAACUCGAUCGCUGGGGACAGGCGUAAGCGUUAGCGUGACGGCAAACAGGAGCUGAGUUCCAGUUUUAGUAGAAGAAGAAGGAUGGGCUCACUCGCCAGAGUAGCUAUGGUAGCAGCUUUAAGCGCAACGGCCACUUUGCAGCCCAGGCGAAGCGGCACAUUUGCGCAUUGACCGCACCGCGCACGCCCGCCACGCGUUCGCGGUUUUAGCUUCCUAUUUUUUAUGUGUACUCGUAUGUGUGUGGUUUUGAAUUUUUUAAAUUGAACUUUAAAUUAAGAUUAAUUUUUAUGGUGAUAUU